GUCGGAAAGUGUAAGGAUCCACAUUUUAUGAGUCGUGCGCCGCCGCACUUGAGUCCGUUUCAUUGUAGGGGAGAAAACACAUUGUUGAGGGUUGAGAUUUUGAGUCGUGUCGCAGUCUAGGUCCUCGCAUUUUUGAUCUGCAUUUAUUUCGGGUGUCUUUUAUGAAUAAUCAAAAGCAGCAAAAGCCAACGCUAACCGGCCAGCGUUUUAAAACUAGGAAAAGAGAUGAAAAGGAGAGAUUUGAUCCUACACAGUUUCAGGAAAGCAUUGUACAAGGUCUGAAUCAAACUGGCACUGAUCUGGAAGCGGUAGCUAAGUUCCUUGAUGCCUCUGGUGCCAAACUUGACUACCGGCGCUAUGCAGAGACACUUUUUGACAUCCUGGUGGCUGGUGGCAUGCUGGCCCCAGGGGGAACACUGUCUGAUGACAUGACCUGUACAGAGUUCUGUCUCUUUAAAGCACAGGAAGACCUGGAGACCAUGCAGGCGUAUGCUCAGGUUUUUAAUAAACUUAUCAGGCGCUAUAAGUACCUGGAGAAAGGUUUUGAAGAGGAGAUCAAGAAGCUUCUCCUGUUCCUGAAGGGUUUCACAGAGUCCGAGCGUAACAAGCUGGCCAUGCUCACAGGCAUCCUACUAGCAAAUGGGAGCAUAUCAGCCUCCAUUCUGAGUAGUCUCUUCAAUGAGAACCUUGUCAAGGAAGGUGUGUCUGCAGCCUUUGCUGUUAAGCUGUUUAAAUCAUGGAUAAAUGAGAAGGAUAUUAACUCCGUCGCUGCCAGUCUCCGGAAGGUCGGCAUGGACAACCGACUGAUGGAACUUUUUCCUGCCAACAAGCGGAGCUGUGAGCACUUUGCGAAAUACUUCACCGAUGCUGGGCUCAAGGAGCUGUCGGACUUUGCCCGGAACCAGCAGUCCAUCGGGGCCCGAAAGGAGCUGCAGAAGGAGCUACAGGAGCAGAUGUCACGUGGAGAUCCUUUCAAAGAUAUCAUUGCCUAUGUAAAGGAGGAAAUGAAAAAGACCAACAUCUCUGAGCAGACCAUGGUUGGCAUUGUGUGGACCAGUGUGAUGAGCUCCGUGGAGUGGAACAAGAAAGAAGAGCUGGUCACUGAGCAAGCCAUCAAACACUUGAAGCAAUACAGCCCCCUCCUGAAAGCCUUCACCUCCCAGGGCCUGUCAGAGCUCACCCUGCUGCUGAAGAUCCAGGAGUACUGCUACGACAACAUUGACUUCAUGAAGGCCUUCCAGAAGAUCGUCGUGCUGCUUUAUAAAGCGGAUGUCCUGAGUGAGGAAGCCAUUUUGAAGUGGUAUAGCGAUGCCCACAUGGCGAAAGGCAAGAGCGUUUUCCUCGAGCAGAUGAAAAAAUUUGUUGACUGGCUCAAAAACGCCGAAGAAGAGUCCGAGUCUGAGGAAGAGGAAGCCGACUGAGACCUCCCGAGAUGUUUUUAAGUGCUAGCAGCCAGAUCACUAGAAUGUUUUGUUACGAAGUGCUCGUCUUUCCAGUUUUCUUUCUUCUACUCUACCUCCUACACCCCACCACCUCCCCUCCCCCAACUCUAACAUCUAGAUGUAAUUUUAAGGGCUGCAACUACAGUUAAUUUUAACUUACCUUUUUCUAAAGUAAGUUUAUAUAAAAUAUAGUGCUGGUCAGUUCAGCCCCCCUAGUCACCAAAAGUUUGAAGAUUAAAAAGAUUCGGUAAUGCUUACAAGUUAACUGUUCCCAGAAGAGUAUUUAACUUGAUGUGAUCUGCCGAUUUAAAGAUCCCGGGCUUUAUUUAAAAAUGACAUUCCAGCUAAUAUUUCACUCAAAAUGGCUGCCCUUUUUGAGUUGCUGCCUAGUGGGGAAGCUUCUCCAUAUCUAAGCUUCCUGAGGUUUUUUAUUUGUAAUCCCCCACUUUUGUCUUGUUUCCUUUAAAGCCAAAGCCCUCCUUUUUGUAAUGUCGUUUAUAGCCCCCUCUAGGUUGCCCUUAUUGACUUUUGGAUAAAAUCCAAGAUCUGCAGAAGUGGAGCUGGUGGACCUUAAGCUUCCCAUGUGUCUUCUGUAAGAUACAGUGCCAGCAUAUUUCAUUUCUGUUUCUUUAUCCUGGUCUAUCAAUCGACUUUUUAAAUAAAGAGAAUUAAAGGUA